AUGAAAGAGAAAUGUUUGUCACUGAGAAACGGGAGGACGAUGAUGAUGAUAAUGAAGAUGGCUCCAUCCAAAUCCGCACUGAUACGUUUCAACCUAAUCUUGUUCGCUCUCUCUUUUCUUCUUUUCACUGCCUUUUUUCUUCACCCUUCCUCAUCAGUCUACUUCAGCAGCGCAGCUUCAUUUGUUGGAUGCUCUUUUCGUGAUUGCACUCCCAAGGUGGAGAGAGGAGUAAAGAUGCAAGAACUCGUUAUAGAGAACCAAAUAAACAAGAUAGCAUCGCAAACUGCUAGUAACCAAACCAAGCUUGAGGCACCAAGCUUCAUGGAGGAGAUUCUAACAAGAGGGUUAGGGAAAACAAAGAUAGGGAUGGUGAACAUGGAAGAAUCUGAUGUUACACAGUGGAAACGUUAUGGCGAAACGGUUCACAUACAUUUUGAGCGUGUCUCUAAGCUUUUCACAUGGCAAGACUUGUUUCCCGAAUGGAUAGACGAAGAGGAAGAUACCGAGGUUCCCACAUGUCCUGAGAUACCGAUGCCCGAUUUCGAAAGUUUAGAGAAGUUGGACUUGAUAGUAGUGAAGCUGCCUUGUAAGUACCCUGAAGAAGGGUGGAGAAGAGAGGUUUUGAGGUUGCAAGUGAACCUAGUCGCGGCUAACUUGGCGGCCAGGAAAGGGAAGACGGAUUGGAAAUGGAAGAGCAAAGUGUUGUUUUGGAGCAAAUGUCAACCGAUGAUUGAGAUUUUCCGGUGUGAUGAUUUGGAGAAGAGAGAGGGAGAUUGGUGGUUGUAUCGGCCUGAGGUGGUUAGGUUACAGCAUAAGCUUAGUUUGCCAAUCGGAUCUUGCAAUCUUGCUCUUCCUUUGUGGGCACCACAAGGUAUAGACAAAGUGUAUGACCUAACGAAGAUACAAGCAGAGACGAAACGACCAAAACGUGAAGCCUACGCAACCGUUCUCCACUCUUCCGAAUCUUAUGUCUGUGGCGCCAUAACUUUGGCUCAAAGUCUCCUUCAGACAAACACAAAACGUGAUCUUAUCCUUCUCCACGAUGACUCCAUUUCCAUUACUAAACUCCGAGCUCUCGCAGCCGCAGGAUGGAAACUUCGCCGGAUCCUACGAAUCAGAAACCCACUUGCCGAAAAAGAUUCCUACAAUGAAUAUAACUACAGCAAGUUUCGACUGUGGCAAUUGACGGAAUACGAUAAAGUGGUCUUCAUUGAUGCUGACAUCGUCGUCCUACUUAACCUCGAUAUUCUCUUCCAUUUCCCUCAGAUGUCGGCCACCGGAAAUGAUGUCUGGAUAUUUAACUCCGGCGUUAUGGUCAUCGAGCCUUCCAAUUGUACGUUCAGUACGAUUAUGAGCCAGCGAAGCGACAUCGUUUCGUACAACGGUGGAGAUCAAGGGUAUCUAAACGAGAUAUUCGUGUGGUGGCACCGAUUACCUCGACGAGUAAACUUUCUAAAGAACUUCUGGUCAAACACAACCAACGAAAGAAACAUCAAGAACAACCUCUUCUCCGCCGAGCCGCCUCAGCUUUACGCGGUCCACUACUUGGGCUGGAAACCAUGGCUCUGCUACAGAGACUACGACUGCAACUUCGACGUGGAGGAGCAGCUGGUGUACGCUAGCGACGCGGCCCACGUUAGAUGGUGGAAAGUGCACGAUGCGAUGGAUGAAUCUUUGCAGAGGUUUUGCAGGCUGACGAAACAGAGGAGGACAGAGAUCAACUGGGAGAGGAGGAGAGCGAGGCUUAGAGGUUCCACUGAUUUUCAUUGGAGAAUCAAUGUUACUGAUCCAAGGCGACGUCGUUCCUAUUUGAUUGGUUAAUUCUUGCUUUUGUGUGUUUUUUUUUUGCUGUGUUCUUCUUAGACCAUGUUAUGAUUAUUAUUGUGAAAUGAGGAUUUUUUUUUUUUGAAAAAUUUGUGAAAUGAGUUUUAAGUUUUGCUUCACAACUCGUGUGUUCUAACUUCUAACUAUACAAGUUUAUUUGGUCCA